AUGGGGGUUAUUUCCCGAAGGAAUCAGAUGCCUCUGCAAAACAUUAUGGAAGUUGAAGUUUUUGAUUGUUGGGGCAUUGAUUUCAUGGGUCCAUUUCCUUCAUCAGUAGGAAAUGAAUACAUUUUGGUAGCUGCUGAUUACGUGUCUAAAUGGGUGGAAGCUAUGGCCACUUCAAAAAAUGAUGCUAAGACUGUGGUGAAGUUUAUCGAGAAGAAUAUUUUUGCUCGAUUUGGGAUACCUCGAAUCUUAAUCAGUGAUGGUGGUUCGCAUUUUUGUAAUACUCAACUUCAAAAGGUGUUGAGUCAAUAUCAUGUAAAUCAUAGAGUGGCAUCCCCCUACCACCCUCAAACUAAUAGGCAAGUCGAAGUAUCCAAUAGAGAAUUAAAGAAAAUACUAGAGAAAAUAAUGGCGUCAACCAGAAAAGAUUGGUCAUCCAAAUUGGAAGAUGCAUUGUGGGCGUACAGAACUACAUACAAAACUCCAAUUGGUCUGUCUCUUUUUCAACUGGUGCAUGGAAAAUCAUGUCAUUUACUAGUUGAAAUGGUACACAAGGCAUAUUGGGCUCUAAAAUUUCUGAACUUUGAUGAGAAAGCAUCCAGGGAGCACAAAAAGAUCCAAUUGUUGGAGCUGGAAGAAAUGCGAUUAACAGCUUAUGAAUCUUCAAGACUUUACAAAGAAAAAGUCAAGACCUAUCAUGACAAAAAACUAUUGAAGAAAAACUUCAAACCGGGACAACAGAAUUGCCUGCAUCUUCUCUCUCGCACUCAUCUUCCUGCAUUUUCACUUUCUUCUACAUCUUCACGCAUCACCAGCUAA